AUGAAGCAAACCCAAGCUCCAACACACAGUGGAGAAAUUUAUAAAGGAUCAGUACCAACAUUGGCCGAUUCUUCCGAUCGGUUUCUUGACCUCGACACAAAACAAUCAGUUGUGAAUUUGUGUAACAUGUGGAGCUCGCAUAUUCAUCAUGUAAUGAAUGAACCAAGUGUAGGAAUGUAUCGGAUUGUGGAACACGUGAGAUCAAAAGUGCCCUUUAUUGUGGAACAAAAGAAUUUAUUGAAAACUAAAAAAGUGAACGAAAAAAUCUAUGAUGCCGAUUAUGCCUUGCUAGCUUGUAAAUCUAUCAAUUCCAACACACCUUGGAUUUUCUCGGAGAGUAUUCGAUUAUUGAAAAACAAUUUUGUGAGUGUUCCACUGGCACCACCAUCAACCACAACAACAAACAAAAGCAAAGUCUUCUCCUUUCAUAAAUCGAAUGCAACUUCAGCACAACAGCAAACAGAAACAACAACGACAUUGCCAAAUGAUGUUUCUGUCAGUGAAUCUCUGCCUUCUCAGAAUCCAACAACAAACACUGUACAGUCUUCAACAACCUCCGACGAUCAGCAACAACAAGAAAAUCCUUCGGAGGAAAACCAACCCAGCGUUGACACAAAGAGUUCUGUUGAAAUUUUGACAUCUCCAUCCUAUGAACAAUCAUCUGCAAUUGAUAAUAGUGACACACAUGCAAGUCUGAACCCCACAAUCAAGGAAACAACAGAACCAUUGUCACCACCCAAGAAAGAGGAAUCGACUCAAGACACCAUGACACAGACAACACAAGAGCAAGCCCAUUCAGACACCACAACAACAAGUACACUCACCAAUAGUAAUGAGGAAAACAUCAUGACCACCACCACAACUCUUACUGAAGCUUCACAUCCUGUCGUCUCGCCACACGGAGAAACUCAAGAUGAAAGCAGUGUCACGGAAGUCACCGGCAUUCCUUCUUCUAUGACCACUGGAGGUGGCGAUGACGAAUGGUCCUCUCUUGCCAUUCAACCUCUGCCUUCGUCUUCAACCAAGAAAAAGAAAGCCACAAAGAAAAAGAAGAAACAACAAGCUUCUGAAGAGGAACCUGCUGCUACAGAAGAGGAGGAAGCUCUGACACCAAAAACCUUUUAA